GUUCGUGAUGAGGCGGCCGCGGGGAGCGGCUGGCGGGGAGCAGCCGGAGGAGUUUGUUUGCUGCCUGUCCCCGUCUCCCUGAUGCUCUGAGCCGGAGUCUCCUCCUCUCCCCGGGCUGCCACCCGGGCUGGAUGCUCCGCUCGCUCCUCGCUUCGCUGCCGCAGCCGCCAGCCGCUUCCCGCCGCCCCGCAAGAAAUGGAGACGUUCGCUGCCCCCCUGGACACCACUCCGGACCCCGCCAUCGUGCAGCCCCCCGGGGCCAGCCCGUCGGUUCCCCCCCGGGAGCAGCAGCAGGAGCAGCUCCGCAUCGGGGAGAGCGGGCAGUUCGGCGAGGGGCUGGAGGACAGAGGUUUACUAGAAAGCAGUACAAGGCUAAAACCUCAUGAAGCUCAAAGCUACAGAAAGAAGGCAUUGUGGGUUUCCUGGGUCUCCAUUAUUGUCACACUGGCUCUUGCAGUGGCUGCAUUCACUGUCUCCGUAAUGAGAUACAGUGCAUCAUCAUUUGGAUUUGCUUUUGAUGCUACGCUGGAUGUUUUGUCAUCAGCGAUAGUUCUGUGGCGUUACAGCAACGCAGCUGCUGUGCAUUCUGCACACAGGGAGUACAUAGCCUGUGUUAUCUUGGGUGUCAUAUUCCUCCUGUCAUCUAUAUGUAUUGUGAUCAAAGCCAUCCAUGAUCUUGCGAAGAGGGUGCUUCCAGAAGUGGAUGACUUCCUGUAUAGUGUCUCUGUUUUAAGUGGAAUCCUUUGCACUGUCUUGGCAGUCAUCAAGUUUAUGCUGGGAAAGGUCCUUACAAGCAGAGCGCUGAUAACUGAUGGCUUCAACUCUCUUGUAGGUGGAAUAAUGGGAUUUUCCAUCCUUCUUAGUGCAGAAGUUUUUAAACACAAUUCUUCUGUCUGGUACCUGGAUGGCAGUAUAGGAGUUUUAAUUGGACUUACAAUAUUUGCCUAUGGAAUCAAGUUGCUCAUCGACAUGAUCCCCCGCGUGAGGCAAACGCGCCACUAUGAGAUGUUCGAGUGAGGAUCCCAGCUCUCCUUCCUCCCCCAGGACUGUGCCACUGCAGCACCCUGUGGUUUGGCAGGUGCUGCCAACGGUCUUUUACUAACUGCUCAGUUUGUUUCCCCGUGGUCUGUUUUUGUUGAAGUUUGUUUUAAAGGGAAAUCUCUCUGUAAACCUGGCACUUGUGCACACUGCUUGCAGUUCAGCCAAACAGCAGCAUUUAUUUGUUUUAUUUUUUCAGGUAUGCUAUUGAUUCCUGUGACAAUAGAAAACAUGCAGUUUGCAGUUUUCACCCAGAUGCCAUGUUGUAUAUUCCAGAGUGAAAGUGUUCUUAAUGGUGUGAUAAGCCUGUGGGUAAAGAAGUGUGAGUUUCAGAGCUUGUUUUUUUAGUUUGUGGGGUUUUUUUUUGUUUCCCUCUGGCCUGUAUUUUCCCCAACACAAGCUGUAACAGCAGUACAAUCCUUGCUGACCUCUUCAGCCAACAGUAUCCUACAUGGAGUAUGGACACCAAGAGCUGUGUUGCUUAAAGCUACUUUAGUAGCUACUGCCUCCCCCUCAUUCAAAUUGAUGCACAGAAAGAGCAGGUACAACCCUUUCUGUCAUCAGAGAGAUACUUCAUUUUAAUCCUGAUUCGACUCAAACUAUACCUCUUCCAUUUAAAUUCUGUUGGUUUUUUUCCUUAAUGAGACACUGUUUGUAGCUUUGCAUGGACCAAACAAGCAGACACAGUAUUACUGUACAGACCAAAGCCAACCAAGUUGUGCAAGGAAGAGGAGCUGCCUGAGGAAUGGAAUUCUCAUCUUCUGUUGUACUGUACGCAGGUGUAGCAGCGUGUGUGACUUUGUGGUUGCUCUCUAGUCUGAUGGUGGCACAGCAGUGGCUCGAGCUGGUGGUGAGAUACAGAUCUAUUUAUUAGAUUUAGAUUGUCCUGUAAAGUGUUGCUCACCUUUCAUCACACGUCUUACAUAUUAAUUAAAUCGCAAGUUAAAUUAUCAAAGAAUCUUGAUGUAUAAUCAAUAAAACUGGUAUCUAUUUUAUACAGUAUCUGUAAGUAACAUUUGAAAACUAUUUCCAGAAUGUAUCAUAGAACAAAGUCUUCCUGUAUAGCAGCCUAUUAAACUGGAUUCUCUGGCU